AUGGAAAGCACUAUUUCCAAAAAGAACGAAAUGGAAUUGAGGCAUUUUAAUGAAGAUUAUAAACAUUUUUCAUUAGUUCGAAAUUUUCAUCUUGCGGAUUUCAUUACUUUAGCAAAUGGUUUAUGCGGAAUGUUGUUUGAUUUAUUGGAUGGAAAAGUUGCCAGAUGGAGAAAUUCCUCCAGCAUUUUGGGCCAGGAAUUAGAUUCAUUAGCGGAUUUG